CGCGCGUCCCCGCCCCGCCCCCUCCGGGCCGCGGGCAGCGCAGACGCAGACGCGGCGAGCAGCAGCCGGGCUUAGAUGUUAUCGGACGGCAGGAAGCGAAGACGGAGCUGUAAAGAUGAGGAAAGCCAGCCUGUCCCACCUCCAAAACGUCUCAGCAACAAUACCCUGUUACAGGAUCUACCAAGAGACAGCUGGGACUGCGAGUCCUCAAGCAGUGACAGCAGCAGCAUUGUCAGUAGUCCCGACAGACUGAAUGGACACUUACCGACUGAAGCCAAUUUAAACUGGACCAAGCCAGGCAACAGCUCAACAAUGCUUCAAUUUUCUGAUUCCAUUGAACAGUCUGCACAAGGCCCAUAUCUGCAAAUCAAUCAGAUCCUGAAAGAGGCACACUUCUAUAGCUUGCAUCAGCGUGGACAUCAAACGUGACCAGACUGCAGGACUGUGUGCCUUCAAUGCAGGACGGGGACUGUAAAUGUAAUUUUUUGCAGUGGAUGUUUGUACUUAGAUGAUUUAAAUUGCACAAUCUUUUCCCUUUUUGCUCCAUUUGGUUAAAAAAUUACCAUCUUUUCACUCUUUAAAUGCCCUUGGACAUAUGUAAUAUCAAAAUUGUGGGGACUAUAAUAGCAUAAUGUCGCUUUGAUUGCUUCAUUUACCCUGUCUGGUACAAAUCUGACUCACUAAAUCAAUACUUUGUGGAAUUAACCUACAAUUGAGCAAAGUCCUCCCAGUAAUAUUUGCAGUAACAUUCGUUGGAAUUGUUUUAUAAUGAAAAGGUGGUUAUAUUUCAUACAGUUGGUUCAACUCAGUCAAACUAAUGGUUUUGUAUUUCCACUGCAUUUUUACAAAAUGUCUGAUUUACCACCAAAUGGAUGGUGUUUUAAAAACAAACCUGUAAUGCAAUAGGAUUGCAAUGUUACUUUACAACUAGUUUUUCAUUGAGCCCAUGAAAUGCAAAUAGCAGUUUCCUAUUUAGGUUAGUGCAAAAUAUUUCAUUUGGGAACAUGUGUAACUAAAAAAUAUCAAGAUGGUUUCAGUUAUUUCUUGGCUAUAUAAUUAUUUGUAUGGCUGAGGUUGCAUUUGGAAAAACAUCUGAAACUACACUAAAGCUGAACAAGUAUACUUUGAGAGAAAUCAUUUAAAUUCUGAUCUAAGUUAUGAGUUUCCAGACAUAUGUUUUAGCAUUUACAUGCAAAUGUUGAUAGCCUGGUGAAAGAAUUGCAAACAACUUGAUCUGCCACUUCAGAAACUUGAGGUUCGAUUCCCUAGUUUCUGAUCUCGGUUGCAAACAGCAGAAUGGGUUAUACUGAUUGACCAGAUAUGUUCAAAGCAAAGCAAAACAGCAGCAAAUUGUGUGGUCAAAUAAACUGCUGAUGUUAGGUGGCAUGAGAGGGUAUUUAAAAAAGGAAUCACAAAUUGAGGAGAGCAAUAGGAAAAUAAAGUUAAAUGAUUGACUAAGUUGCUUAAAUGUUGUGUUUGAAUGAAAAUAUUACACAAGUAUUAGACAGUGACACACUUAAUGACAUUCCUAUUUUUAUGUGAAAGCCUGCAAGAAUCUUAAUUUGGAAUGGAGCUGCGAAUUUGUUUGUUUUUUUGUCAGGGAUUUUUUUUUAAAUUUGCUGUAGAAUCUGAAAUUUUAUUUGUAAGUCUUAAGUUACCAAAUUUAAUUUUCAGAAAUAAGUACAAAAUUAUUGUAACCAGUUUUGCUCAAUAAAAUUUAAAGAUCGUUUGAAAUACAGUCAAGAAUGCAGUGAUAUGGAAGUCCAGAAUAUGUGAAUGUUAGCUUUGACACUAAGUGGCCAUGAGAUUGGGUGUUGAUGCAUAGCACUGUGCAGUUUUUAUUUAUUAUUUACAUCCUUUUAAUUUGCCACUUGCAUUGAAGAUCAGGUUCAGCUUGCAGCAGUUCAGAAUAUUAUAAGCAUAAGAUUCUGGACAGCUUACUCUUAAGAUAUUUUAAACGACUUUCACUUAUGACAAAUGUUUUACUGAUCAAUACAUAAAUCACUUUGUCCUUCAGAGGUCAUGGGCUCUGCAGCCUAAUUGCACUCUAUUUUUCAAUAAAUUACUGAUCAAUUUAAAUCAGGAACAAAUUACUUUGCAAAUGUGCACAUAUGUUGAUAAUGACCAAGAAAUUUGGUCUUCUGGUCCAGUAAGAUAUACUACAAUUAAACCAAUUUUUAGUUUAUUUAAUUUAUAGUUUCUUCUCAUGGCAGGACUUAGAAAAUCACAAUUGACUUUCUUUAACAUCUGAGAUAGCAUUGUAACAAGCAACUUGCUGAGAUCCACAAUCACAACAAAUAAUUUCAAGGAUGAAAUGCUGCAGUAUGAUACACCCUGGAAUGAUUGGGCUGGUUGUACUUGCAGUUACCCAUUUACAAUGAUGCCAUGGCUAGUUGUUGACACAAUGCAUAUCACAAAGGCAGCAAGUUUUCAAAAGUUAUGAAGAAUAAUUCUUAAAUGAACAUUGCACGUUAAACUCUGGUUAUAAUCUUUGUCAUAAAGCAGCAUGUCCAAAAUAGUGGAUGUUACAUUGUUAGCUCAUCAGUGGAGCUGCAUAUGGAAAACCACACGGAAAGAAAACAUAAUUACAAGCACAGUGCCACAGAUGUUUCCAACUUUUGACAGCAGCUCCUGGUGAAAAAUAAUAGUGUGCAGAUCUAAAUUGUCGCAUUCAGUUACCACAUUCAGAAGUUUUAAUUUUAAUCAGUAAGAAUAGUUUGGGAGUUUAUUUGUUUGCCCUAAACCAACAUUACAAGUAAGUGGAUUUACACCAGUUAAAGUUCAAUUUAGUGUUUUGAAUUAAAAAUAGAUAUUUUGGACAUUUAAGCUGUAACAGAAAUCAUGGGUGUUUAAGAUCUCAAGCUUACUGGCAAAGCCUACUGUAGAAGAUUCAAGUUUUUUUUUAGAGAAAUCCAUUUCUUGCUUUCAACAAUUUUGAAAUAAAAUUUAUUUUACUUAA